CUUUAAUGCGUGAUUUACUUUUAUUUGAAAAUCAACUUCCUUUUGAUAUCCUCGUCAAGUUAUUUGACAUGACAAAAGAUUCAAACCAACAAAGCGCAUCAGACAGUAUAGUUGACUUGGCCCUCUCCACUUUAGCUAAAUGGGUUCCAUCUUUUGGGAAUUUACCUCCUUCCAAGAUUCCACCAAAAAAUGUGGAUCAUCUUCUAGGCCUCUUACAUGACACCUGGUGUUCCUCAUUUGCUGAAAUUGUGUCCUUUCGUGAGAAUAUUUGUGCAAGCUACAAAAGUAAAUGGAGUACCAUAAAAUGUGCCACAGAGCUUCGAGAAGCUGGGAUUAAAUUCAAGAAGGCUACAGCAAAUGGCCCUUUGUUUGAUAUAAAGUUCGAAAAAGGAAUCAUGACAAUUCCUCCACUGGAAAUUGAUGAUAGUACAGAGUGGUUCUUCAGAAACAUGAUUGCAUACGAGCAAUAUAACCAAGGAACCGAGCCAACAUAUGUGACUGACUAUGUGAUUUUUAUAGAUUAUCUCAUCGAUUCCCCAAAGGAUGUCAAAAUACUUUGCGAUUGUGGAGUUAUUGAUAACUUCUUGGGUGAUGAUACAAUGAUCUCUAACAUGUUCAACAAAAUGACCAAUCAUGUCAACACAAGUCCAACAAGGUUCUGCUACCGGAACGUUUUCAUUGAUGUUAACGAGCACUGUGGACAUCAUUGGAAUACAUGGAUGGCUGAUUUAAGGCACAAUUAUUUCAACACCCCUUGGUCUAUCAUUUCAGUCGUCUGUGCUUUUAUAUUGAUGGUAUUCGCUAUGAUACAAGCUAUAUGGUCUAUCUUAUAAGUCUAGUUUUAAGUCCGAUUUGAUUUACGUUACAUGCCCGCGACCCCUGCA